UUUCCGCAUUCCGCACGGAGCUGUCAGCAGAAGCGCGAGUUGGAGAGGGGACCGUCGCGUCUGAGAAGAGACCUCCUCAUUCAUUCCCAGAGGAAUACCGUCCAUCGCCAAGGAGCAGGGAUGCCUUACAUGUUGAUCAGCACGCAGAUCCGACUGGAGAAUGGUCCAACAAAUGUGGGAGAUGAAUAUUCUGAUCCAGAAGUAAUGAGUUACCUCGGAGCAAGGAAAAUAACCGUGCUGGGAAACAACUUUUCCGAGUACCAUGUGGACGACCCACCUCGGCUGGUGCUGAACAAGCUGGAGACGCUCGGCUUCCGCGUGCUGACGAUGACGGGGGUGGGACAGACGCUGGUGUGGUGCCUCCACAAGGAGACGGAGUGAUCUGUCAUGGAGCGUGUGUAGACUGUAUCAAAAUACCACUAUAAGCCUUUGAAAGGAUGAAUGAAUCGUGCUGAGGUCAACUUUUUUUCUUUUUUCAAACUGAAGUUGUCUCCUCUACAUGACACACGGAAAGCUACAAAUAAGCCCAUUUUCUAGUAAAAAAAUAAAGUCUUAAAGUUGAGAUUAUCCCAGACGUAAGGUUUCAGAUUACAGUUGACAGGUCACUAAUGUCAGGAGAAUAUCGAACUACAUUCCAGAGAUUUUAUAAAACACUUUGACCAUAUUGUUUGCUAUUUACUACUAGUGGCCAAGUGGGAGUGUAGGGAGUGAGGGCCAGUUUUACGGUUAGUGUAUCACUUGGCAGUAAAACUUAAUUAAAGCCUUGUCUUUCAAUACAGCCUGUGCAAAAGGCCUCAACCAGUUCUCCCUAACUUUUGUCCAAUAAAUAAAACACCAUGCUAAGUAAGUUUGUUCUUACCGCCCUGUGUAAAGAUGCUUUUGUGAGUGUAUCAUGUGCUUAUGAUUAAAUGAUGUAAUGUGGA